ACUUAGGCAGAGGUAAUAAUGUAGAUACGUAACUUCAUUUGGAUGUGCUGACUAGAUGGUUCCAUGGAUGAGUGAAUACUUUACAAUUUUGUUGCAGUUAGCUGGGAUAAAGAAGAUAGUUUCAGAAGCGUCGGGGAGAGAUGUCCAGGAUAUCCGAGUUGUAAUAUCUCCUUAUCGGAUUUGUCCAUUGGGAGCUCAUAUUGAUCAUCAAGGUGGUACUGUCUCUGCUAUGACCAUUAACAAGGGAAUACUGUUGGGUUUUGUCCCUUCUGGUGACACUCAGGUUGUACUGCAUUCAGGACAGUUUAAAGGAGAAGUUAGGUUCAGGUCUGAGAAACGGGAUACUGGAUCAAUCUGCCAUAUUGCUUUCAAGUUACGGUUGUCUGACCUGCAUGAAUUGCAAGAGUGGAGCCUUUGCGGGCUUGUUAUAACAUUCUCUUGCAACAAUCUUUCACCAGAUUCAGUAGGCCUGAAGCAAGCUUUGACUAACAAUCCUGGAUAUAAUCGCCAAGUUGCUGAGUGCCAAGAAGCUGCUAGAUUUCUUCUGCACAAUUUGGGAAGUGACGAACUGGAGCCUCUCCUGUGCAAUGGCAAGUAUUUUGUGCAAGUCUGAGCUUUAUUUUUUCUUUUCCUUCACUUAUAUAUGAUCUUAAUUUCCCACUUCUUUCUUCUUCCUCCUCAUUUUAAACGGUUGGACCAGAGGCUUAUCAAGCAUACAAGGAUUAGAAGCUUGGGCUAGCUGCAGGAGAACUAGAAGAAUUUGGAAAACUUAUAUCAGCUUCUGAUUUAAGUUCCAUAGAAAACUAGAGUGCGAUAAAUUCCUAGCUCCGCCACUGUACUACCGAGAGCACCUGCUGUACUUGAAGCACAGUUUAGUGGUGAUAGAUUCAGAAGAUGCUGUGUUGCAUUUGUGGACGCUGAUCGAGCUACAGAAGCUGCAAGAUUUGUGAAGGAAGAAUACCCAAAGCUCCUGCCUAAGUUGGCUAGCCAAUUGAACAGAGAUACCGCUGUGUUGAUACCUGAAGCAGAUGACCGUGCUCGUGUAAUCUGAUCAACGACAUCCCUCCCUGUCCUUAAACACUGCUGUGCCAUUACAUUCAUUCAUUAAUUUCAUUUGUUGAACCAUGUGCAAUUCUGCAUUGUUUGCCUACCAUGAGUUGAUUGUAAUAUCCAAUAUAAAUUACACUUUGUA